AUGUAUAAUCUCAAGUCCUCUGAAGGCAUCUUUGAAUACCUCAACGGUACUCGCUUCUCUGCUAGCGAUGUUCAGUCUCUUUCAGGUGGUUCAUCAGCUUUUACCUAUCGUAUUAUUCUUGAGAACCCUCUAAACACUGGUGAGAAGAUCGUAGUAUUGAAGCAUUUCAAGAGCGUUGCUGCUCGAAUUGAAGGGAUGGAGGCGGAUCUUGACCGCGCGGAUCACGAGUACAUAGUUCUCUCAGCUAUAGCUACAUCAGGACUUUUCGAUUCGGAGAGUACAGUUCAAGUCCCCAGACCGAUUGAAUAUGACCAAAGAACGCAUACCAUCUUCAUGUAUGAUCUUGGCUCCCCAAUCCCCCUCGCCCAGGUACUUGAGAGAGGCUUUGAAAACAAUGGGUCUCCCGAAUCCGAAACAUCGAAACUGGCCUCGGAUAUUGGGGAAGCCAUAGGGGAUUUUAUAGGGCGUCUCCAUAAUUGGUCUACCCGUGCUGAACAGGAAACACUUCGCCCCUAUUUUGCGAAGAAACCGGACUGGAAUCAAAAGGUAGUGGCCGUAUUCACCUGGACGGACAUGCUCAUUGCAAGGGAGUGUCAAGAAGCUUCAGUCACUCGGAGUGACUGUGUGCUGGUAAUGGGGGACUGUUCAUUGCAUAAUACCUUGGUAUCCCCGCCAUCUGAAGGGCAAAACAUGCGUAUUUACCUUACCGAUCUGGAAGUUGCUCGAUUUAGUGAACCCGAAGUUGAUAUGGGGGAACUGACUGCGAGUGCUGCAUCAUUCGAACUUCUUUACUAUCCUAACAUGGGCUAUCCAUUCAUUCCGGCUUUGCAUCGGGCCUAUAGACGUCAUCGCACCUUGGAUCCUGGGCGGAUCGGAGCUACAACUGGGACCUGCCUCAUGGGCAUUGGGCCCCUUUUCCCGUGGGCCAAGAACAAAGAUGAAGCACAACUCAGGAAGAUAGCCGUAGCGGGACUAGAACUUUUAGAGUACUCGUUCAAAUAUGAUAGGGAUUCAUUGAGAUCUAGUCCUAUUUUACAGCAUUUGUUCUCACCUCGCGACGAACAGCAUAUAUGA